AUAUUUACAGUUUCGCAUUUUCUCACUAUUAAAAACAGACAUUUGACUACAAUUUGGAUUGAAAAACGGUCUACUUACUACUCUCUCACCUGCCGUCCCUGGCUGGAGGUACUGCUCAAAAUGUCUGUCGAGAAACAGUUUGGAAGAUCGGCCGUUCUGCAAGAAUUGAACAUGUCGCAAUUUACAAAUUAACGAAGAAGCUUCCAAAACAACUGGGGAUACAGAAAUAUGUUUGUUUCUGUCGGCGCGAUGCGUGGAGAAACCAGCUGGCUGCACUGACUCCGAUGGCGUCUCUCCAGUGAGCCAUGUUUCCGUGAAGCAAAGAACGUUACAGUCUCUGAUGUCCCUCUGGAAUGCUACCCUUGCUCGGAUUUCAUCAACCUUGUUGUCAAGAGACUGGACAUCAUAUUCUUGGUCGUACUGAUGGGGGCCGUGGAGAGGGUCAGGGAGAGGAUCAGACCCCUGUCGCUGGGAGAGAGGAGGUGCCACAACAGAGACUAAGACAGGUCUGGGUCUAGACCUCCAUGCCAGGCUAGAUGAUGAAGAGCCUCCAGUUCAGAAGCAUCGCCCCCAAGGCCCCAGCAGCGGUAGUUCCCUCCCCGACCGCCGUCCUGUCCUGCCAGCACCCCUCUGCCCUCCCAGAGGCAGCCUCUGCAGCCGUCAGCCCUAAAUCCAUCCUGGUCCCGGCCCAGAACUAUGCCCUGAUGCAGGUGGCAGGACAGGAGGGGACCUUCUCUCUAGUGGCCCUGCCGCCCUCCGUAUCCCCUCAAUCUCCACAGCAACAACAGCCGCAGCAACAGACAAUCCAGAAGAACCUGAAGCUGCCCAUCCCCAGAUAUCAGCCAAUGAGGGCCAAGAGCACCCCGGAGAAGGUCAAAUUAGCCACACCCACUGCCGUGACAACCCGGCCACAAAGGUCAAUAGCGGCGGUAAAAAAGAAGUUGUCAUCUCCGGAACCCAAGGAGGAGCCAUCAAAACAGGUCAUACUGAUCGACUCCACAGCCUCCUCUGAGAUCUCAGCCCUCACAGCCCUGCUCCCGGAUAACGCUGUGCUCUACUCUGGGUCUCCACUGGAGCAAGUAGCAGUGGUGGACACCACCAUCAACCACAUGUCUACUCCUGCCCCCGGCGCGGGCCCCGUCACCAGCAUGCUGCAGAACCUCCAAUACCCAUCUGGUGGUUUUACUAAAAGCUCCCCAGUCAAACUGCCACAGGAAGAGAGCAACAUUAAGGUUGGCAUUAGGCCAUGCCAACCCAAGCCUGUAGCCCAACAGCCCCAUCCACAGCCAGCUAGUAGCAGCAUCACUGUCCUCUCUCCAGCCAUCUUCAGCAAAGCUGUCCAGAUUAUACCCUCCCCACCCAAAGGCAAGUUGCCCAUCCUGCCCUACUCGAACAUGAAAAGCACCCUCAUACCAGCCACCAAACUCAACCUCAACGCCAUGUCCCCCAAGAAGGCUUUCCCCAGCCAGCCUGGCUUGCCCGGCCUUACCCCGUAUCCCUCUGAUCCCCAGUCCAAGACCCCAGAGACUGCAGAGGCCCUCUGUCAGAACCACAUGCCAAACUCCCUGCUGCAGAGCCAGCCUCAGGCCAAGACCACUGGCACCCUGUCGCUGCUGGGAACACUUCAGAUGCAGAAACCACCCGGCAAGAAGAGGGGGAGGAAGAGGAAGACAAUGGAGGAUAUUCUGGCCUUUGAGGCAAGGAAGAAGAGAUCCUUGUCAUUCUUUCGGAGGAGGGUUCCAGAUAAGCCUUCUCCUUUGGCUGUCAUCUCGCAGCAGAGGGAGGUGGACAUCUCUAAGAAGUACCGCAGCAUCAGACCCAAGCCUCACCACAUGCUGCUGAUGGAGACAGUUCCCCAGCUGGUCAGCCUGCCCUCCCUCACCUCCUCUGACAGCCUGGAACCAGAGCUCCUCAUACAGCACCGACUCUCUGCCAAGGUCCUGGAGCCUGGUCCUCGCCAGCCCCAGUCAGCCUCUACCACGCUUCACCUGAGAGGGGGUAGUUCCUCUCAAAGGGUCUACCUGGGUAGUAGCCGGCCCCUCCACCACUGCCCCACCUGCAGCCGCUGCUUCCAGUUCAAACACCACUUGCAGAGCCAUAUGAACAGCCACACCAACAGUAGGCCUUACGUCUGUCCAGUGUGUCGUAAGGCCUAUGCCCAUUCCGGCUCGCUCAGCACUCACAUGAAGCUGCACCACUCAGAGGGCCGACCACGCCGGACACUUCGCUGUGAGUUCUGUGAGAAGGCAUUUGGCUACGUGGGCGUGUACUUCAGCCAUCUGAGGGAGGUGCAUAAGGUUAUCCUGACUGUGGAGCCAUCCAUCAGCCAACAUGAAGACGAUGUGCCUGUGGAGGGGGCGAUGUCUCCAGACCAGGGGGACGAGCAGGGCCAGGAGGAGCGCGAGGACCCGGUGGAGCUCCAGAUCAAGUGUGGUCGCUGUCAGGCCAUCACCCCCACCUUCGCCGACAUGAAGCUGCACCUGCUCUACGUGCACGGGGAGGAGGUGCAGGUGCGCCUGCGGGACGGGGCUGGCGGGCUGGGAGGGGCACUCCAAGGGGGCCGGGAGGCCGAGGACGAGCUGGUGAAACACGCCGCGCACUACUGGCGCCAGCUCAAUGAGAAGAGGAACCUAGUCCGCUGUGGGAGCUGUGACGAAGAGUUCUUCUCCUUCUCCAAGCUGAAGCGUCAUAUCCUCUCCCACCACCAGGGGGGGACAGAGGACGAUGGGAAUGGAGAGGGGGAGCUGACCGGCCGCUCAGCCCGGGGAGGGAGAGGGGUCCUCGGGCAGGGCUCAGUGUUUAACUGUGUGCUGUGCAGCCAGGUCCUGGACAGUAAGGAGGAGGUGAUGGAGCACUGGGCGGUCCACCACCACUGUGAGGAGACCCAGGUACUCUGGGAGGCCCUCAGCGCCUACUCAGGGGACAGGGAGAUGGACUUGCCCUCUCACAGCCCACAUUAACAUGGCACUGGACACGUUUCAGGUCGUUUCCAUUGCAGUCACGUUGCACAUCUCAGAAGAUUGACUUUGCUGAUUAUUUUUAGCUUCUAAUGAAGCGACGGUUCCAAACAGUGCAUCAGAAGAUUGCUAUACCAUAUUAACAUGGUUUCCGAUGUUAAACAUCUCCAGGCAUUGUGAGAGCUAAUAAUUGGGGCAGCCUGACUGCAAUAAAGACAACCUAGAACGCACCGCACUCACUGUCUGUGUCUGUCUGAGCCCAUCUUGCACAGUGGGCUGCUCUCAAACACACACAGUUAUUCCAUUUCUACACUAUCGAGCUGACCCCAAACAUACAGUGGGGACAUUUUAUUUUCAAAUGGUCCUUUGCCCCACAGUUCCAGCAACUAUGGAAUGGUGGAUGCCUAACCUCCUAACCAGGCCAGUGCAGUACAGUGCAGCUCAGCUCAGUAGUGUGUAAAUGGUAUUAGGCCGUACAGAGGUCAGUUAUAGCACAGGUUAGUUUGUUUGAGAAUCCUCUUGAUAGAUUAGUAAUUAUUAUAUGGUAUUUUAUGGACUACACUGUUUUUUGUUAGUUCUGAUUUUGUGUUUAGGUUUUGAGUUGUGUGUUUUAAUAUUUUGUUUAAUAAAAUGGAAAGGAUAGGUUUUUUUUGUAUUGUGUAUUUUAUUUUAUUUUUUUUAAAUUUACAUACAUUAUUGGCCAUAGACACAGUGAAACUGUUUGUUAAAUGACGUGAGUAAUUUGAAAGUACUUUUUGGUUGAAAACUAAUUAUAGACCUUGUGUCAAACUCAUUCAAUGUUGGGCCUUGUGUCUGCAGGUUUUAGUUUUUUCCUUCAAUUAAGCCCUAAUUAGUGACUUUAAUUAAUCAAGUACACGGGAGGAGCGAAAACCCGCAGCCACUCUGCCCUCAGUGAAAUGAGUACGGUAAAUGGUAUAUGAGUACGGUACAUGGUAUAUGUCUAGCUAUUUUGACCUAGAGGAAAACCUUCUCAGUACACCAGCACCUGACUGAAACAUCUGAGACCAUCUGAAAAUAGAUUGAGAACCUUAUUUAUUUCUGGCUAAUAAUCAAUAAAGGACUCAUAAACAGAUGAUAUAUUAUUAUAUAUAUUUGUUUGUGUACUCUGUGGUAAUGGAAAGGGUGAUUGAUUGACUACUGACAAAACUAGCUCAAUUUGUUACUAUUACAUUAAAGACUUUACAUAAAUGUUGAACUAAUGCUGCCAACUAUUAUUCAGUAUAAACCUGUGGAAUUGGUGCACUUGAGGUCUGUGUACAACAAAAUACAACUGUCGGUAUGUCUUCAAAAAUAUAACUUUUUAUAGAGCCUUCAGAAAGUAUUCAUAUCCCUUGACUUAUUACACAUUUUGUUGUUUCAGCCUGAAUUCCAAAUGGAUUAAAUAUAUGUUUGGAGAGCUCCUCGUCUUCAUGGUGCGGCUUGCUUGGUGGUUCCCCUUGCUUAGUGGUGUUAUUGACUCUGGGCCUUUCAGAACAGGUGUGUGUAUAUAUACUGAGAUCAUGUGACAGCUCAUAUGACACUUAGAUUGCACACAGGUGGACUUUAUUUAACUAAUUGUGACUUCGGAGGGUAAUUGGUUGCACCAGAUCUUAUUUAGGGGCUUCAUAGCAAAGGGUGAAUACAUUCAGUUGAAGUCAGAAGUGUACAUACAUCUUAGCCAAAUACAUUUAAACUCAGUUUUUCACAAUUCCUGACAUUUAAUCCUAGUAAAAAUUCCCUGUCGUAGGUCAGUUAGGAUCGCCACUUUAUUUUAAGAAUGUGAAAUGUCAGAAUAAUAGUAAAGUGAUUUAUUUCAGCUUUUAUUUCUUUCUUCACUUUCCCAGUGGGUCAAAGUUUACAUACACUCAAUUCGUAUUUGGUAGCAUUGCCUUUUAAUUGUUGAACUUGGUUCAAAUGUUCCACAACCUUCCUACAAUAAGUUGGGUGAAUUUUGGCCCAUUCCUCCUGACAGCUGGUGUAACUGAGUCAGGUUUGUAGGCCUCCUACAAACCUGCUCACACGCUUUUUCAGUUCUGCCCUCAAAAUGUAUAUGGAAUUGAGGUCAGGGCUUUGUGAUGGCCACUCCAAUACCUUGACUUUGUCGUCCUUAAGCCAUUUUUCCACAACUUUGGAAGUAUGCUUGGGGUCAUUGUCAGUUUGGAAGAUCCAUUUGCAACCAAGCUUUAACUUCCUGACUGCUGUCUUGAGAUGUUGCUUCAAUAUAUCCACAUAAUUUUCAUGCCUCAUGAUGCCAUCUAUUUUGUGAAGGGCACCAGACCCUCCUGCAUCAAAGCACCCCCACAACAUGAUGCUGCCACCCCCGUGCUUCACGGUUGGGAUGGUGUUCUUCGGCUUGCAAGCCUCCCCCUUUUUCCUCCAAACAUAACAAUUCUCCAAAAAGUACGAUCUUUGUCCCCAUGUGCAGUUGCAAACCGUAGUAUGUCUUUUUUAUGGCGGUUUUGGAGCAGUGGCUUCUUCCUUGCUGAGCGGUCUUUCAGGUGAUGUCGAUAUAGGACUCGUUUUUACUGUGGAUAUAGAUACGUUUGUACCUGUUUCCUCCAGCAUCUUCACAAGGACCCUUGCUUUUGUUCUAGGAUUGAUUUGCACUUUUCGCACCAAAGUAUAUUCAUCUCCAGGAGACUGAAUGAGUCUCCUUCCUGAGCGUUAUGACGGCUGCAUGGUCCCAUGGUGUUUAUACUUGCGUACUAUUGUUUGUACAGAUGAACGUUGUACCUCCAGGCGUUUGAAAAUUGCUCGCAAGGUUGAACCAGACUUGUGGAGAUCUACAAUUUUGGCUGAUUUCUUUUGAUUUUCUCAUGAUGUCAAGCAAAGAGGCACUGAGUUUGAAGGUAGGCCUUGAAAUACAUCCACAGGUACACCUCCAAUUGACUCAAUGAUGUCAAUUAGCCUAAUCGGAAGCUUCUAAAGCCAUGACAUCAUUUUCUGGUAUUUUCUAAGCUGUUUAAAGGCACAGUCAACUUAGUGUAUGUGAACUUCUGACCCACUGGAAUUGUGAAACAGUGAAAUAAUCUGUAAACAAUUGUUUGAAAAAUUACUUGUGUCAUGCACAAAGUAGAUGUCCUAACCGACUUGCCAAAACUAUAGUUUGUUAACAAGACAUUUUUGGAGUGGUUGAUAAAUGAGUUUUAAUGACUCCAACCUAAGUGUAUGUAAACUUCCAACUUCAACUGACUGUAUGCACUAACCACUUUUCUGUUUUUUUUCUGAAACAAGUAAUUUUUUUCAUUUCACGUCACCAAUGUGGACUAUUGGUGACUAUCACCAAUGUCCAUUACAUGAAAUCCAAAUAAAAAUCAUUUUACAUUACAGGUUGUAAUGAAACAAAAUAGGAAAAACGCCAUGGGGGGGUUAAUACGUUUGCAAGGCACUGUAACUGACUUGCCUAGUUAAAUAAAGGUUAAAUAAAGUAAUAAAUAACUACAAUGGUGUCGAUCCAUCCUCAAGUUUUCCCAUAUCACAGCCAAUAAACUCCUUAAAUGCUUUAGUCACCAUUGGCCUCAUGGUGAAAUCCCUGAGCGGUACCUUUCCUCUACACCCGUCCAAAGUGUAAUUAAUGCACUUUAUGGAAAUGAAUACACACCAUCCGAAGUGUAAUGCCCAAACGGAUAUUCCAUUAAUGCUUUCAAAAAUAAUGUUAAACACUAUUACUGCAAACAGAAUCCAUGCAACUUAUGUGACUUUGUUGAUAAGCACAUUUGUACUCCUGAACUUAUUUUGGCUUGCCAUAACAAAUGGGUUGUAUACUUAUUGACUCGAGACAUUUCCACUUUUCAUUUUGAAUUAAUUUCAAAACAUAAUUCCACUUUGACAUUAUUGGGUAUUGUGUGUAAGCCGCUGACAAAACAUCUCCAUUUAAUCAAUUUUAAAUUCGGGCUGUAACUCAACAAAAUGUGGGAAAAGGGUGUGAAUACUAGACUGAAGCAAACUUUAAUGUACAUUUUCUUAAUGCUAUGAUUGGUCAUUGGAAACUGAGCAGAAAAGCCUGUUUUCUCUUCUGUUUGCUUCUUAUGAUGGGGGAUGUUCAAUGUUGUGUUUCUUGGUUGGGAGAUUGACUUGUAGAGGGAUGGUAGAUGUGGUUUAAACAUUUGUCAGACUGUGUAACCUUUUUUCGUAUGAAAAGAAAUCACAUGGUAAGUGAAUGUACCUUGAAUGUUUUAAAACCCUACCAAAUUCUAUAUAUACAUAUUGAAUAUAGACUUCUAUAGUUAGAUUAUAUAUAUAUAUGUAUAGCUAUGUAUAGAUACAGUAUAUUGAGAAUAUAUAUUUGCAUAGAAUAUAUAGUGAAUAUGCUGCUUUGUUCUAAUGGAGGAAACUAACUAGAAAGGAAUUUGUUUAUUAUCGUCAAACCGGCAACUUAAGCUGAGCAUAGCUCUCUUUGCUUGUGUCUGGCACAGUGUCUUGCAGCACAAACAAAUCAAUGGUGUGAAAGUAAUCACAUAGCUAAUAUGUCUGUUUCACAAAAUCGUGACUGUCAAAACUUGGCUGAAAGUGUUUGUGGUCGUAGCUGUUAGUGAACCUGAAAACCUUACCUUUCUCAGAAUGAUACAAACGUAUGCUUUAUUGAAGAUGACGAGAACUGUGUGAUGAUAUCUAACAAGAUAAUAAAUAAAUUCAUAUUUAUUUCCAGUAAUAGUAUGUUUAUCCUGCUCAGGUAACUGUAGAACCAACCCUGUUGUACGUAACAAUAAAGUUGGAGGAUGAAUCCAU